CUUGUCUAGGUACACGCUAGCUGUGACCCACGAGCUGCGCCCCGUUCAUUUUUUUCGACCUUCGGAGCCAAAGGAUCACAACCCGUGACGAUCUCAGAUGGUCGCAAUCGCCGUGUUAUUCACAAGUGACAUUGCCCGACGCACGCCUGUAUCUGUGCCUUGACUUCAGCGACGUAUCAAGCGCACGGGAGAUCGCAAUGUCUUUUCCCAACAAGGAGCAGCGUCAAAAGUGUUGGGAUUCUAGGGAUCGCUACUGGGAAUGCCUUGACAAGAAUGCCGAGAAUGCAAAUCGCUGCACAGAAAUGAAAUCUCAGUACGAGACCCAUUGCCCAAGCCAGUGGGUAAAGCACUUCAACCGCAAGAGAGAAUACCUGCAGUUCAAGGACAAGAUUGAGAAUGAGGGGAGAGCUGCUGGGAAGCCAACCAUCGUAUUCGUAGACCCUGGUGGCCGUCGUGGCAGGUUCAGAGCAGUCACCUAACUACGUGUCGGCUCUGUAGAUUUUAGCGACUGGAUCACACUAUGGCUAAAAUAUCACACAGCAACAACUUGUCAAAAAUAAAAUAUUUGCCUGUACUGCGUCCACUCUAAAAAGCCUGUGCAGAAGUCGAUUUAGUUCAAAUGUGGCUGAUGUGAGUCUGUUGUGAACAUGUGACACGGGUAGCAAAUAACACUGCAGUGACUCAUAUCGAGGAACUGCUUUUAAUGUGAGUGGAGCACACCACUUGUACCAGAAGUCAAACAUUAGUGCUGUGUCAUGACUGAAUUAAUGGUUCAGGUCUCGAAGUUGCAAAGUAAAAACUAUGUUCAGCAUUCAUAUCAAACCUACAAGAUAAUAGACAGUUUUUAUCACACUGCAUAAAAUACAUGUUUGUUCAAAGGAGGUUAUGUUUCCUAUGCUAAGUCACAGCAGAACAUUGCAGUAAGCAGUUCAAGAUUGAUAUCAAUGUUGUGACAUUCAAUAAAUAUGUGUAAAGAAGUUCUCACCUUGCAACAUAAAAGCAAGGAUAUAAAGCUUCUGCUUUUGGAGACCACUCUGACACUUCCUUUUUUUCGCUUCUACAAAUGCCGUUAGCAUGCAAAAAUAAAGAGGUAUAUUACCAAGAUGCCUGCAUCAAAA